AUGGAGCAUCAUCAAGUUAAUUGGGGUCGUCCUCGUGAUGACAUCUACGGGGCAUAUGAUAGAAGUAUUCAUAACGCCACUGCCUCUAUGCCAACAGUACAUACUCAGCAACCAAUUGUCACCGGUACUAGUGUAAUUGGAAUCAAAUUCGAUAAAGGUGUUAUCAUUGCUGCGGAUAAUUUAGGUAAGUUGAAUUCUCUAGCACAAUGUUUUUUGACUGGCAUCAAGCCUCGAACAACUGGAUGCUUUGGACUCUCUGGACUCGCCAAUGGCAUGUACUAG